UGGAGCCCUCUCCAUCUUUUGGUAAAGAUGGAGAUUACAAGUCUUGCAAGGUCUGACGUGCAGCCUUUCCUGAAAGUUAAGUGACGAUGGGUGUCCGUUUUUGGGGGAUGUCUUCACCUUUAUCAGCAUUGGGGUCAAACCUGAUGUGGAGAUUAAACGUUACUUCGAUGUGAUUUUUUGCUGUUGGGUUGAUUAUUGUUUUGGCUUGGUUGGUAGAGGUAUCUGAAAGGAGUGGAAGGAGAACAAGUGGCAACAAGGAGAAAGAAGGAAGAGAAGGAGGGAGGGGAGAGCGGAAAGGCAGAGGGAAGAGAUUCAGGCAAGGAGAAAGAAGGGGGAGGAGGAGGGAGGAGGCAGAGGGAAAAGACAAGGGAAGGGUUAGUUGUAUUGAUGUGAAUGAGCACAUGCAAGCAAGAGGGCGACGAAGCUGCAGACGGGGAGACAUCUGCGACCACGCAUGCAGGUUCCUCUCCCCCGAAAGGCGGACCCAAAAAGCGAAGGAAGCUCCCACUCCUCGUAGCCAUGUCACGAUGGAUCAAAGGAUGUGGUCAGGUGUUCAAACCCGACAAGGGAAAGCGCGAAGAUCCUGACUCUGCGUACCCGGUCAGAAGGGAUGUGGAGGUGCGGAAUGUCACACGCUUCAAGUCCUCGAGAGGGCUACGGGAAAAAUCCUGGAGAGAGGCAUUUGAUAGUGAGGGCCAUCUUUUUGCACUCGACAGAGUGUUGAAAAAGAUCCAGCGCGGGGGCAUUGUAAGCUCAUGCAUCCGAGGAGAGGUUUGGGAGUUUCUGCUUGGCUGCUAUGCAACGGAUAGCACCGCAGAGGAGAGGCAGAGGAUUCGAUUACAGCGACGAGAAAUGUAUCAAAAAAUGAAGGACUUCUGUGCCAGUAUGGAUGAGUCAGUUGGGAGCGGGGAGGUGUCGACAUCUCCUCCGAAAACAGAGGAAGAGUUAGCAGAGGAGAGGAGAAUCAUAGCCGAGAACGUCAAGAAAAUGAUAGCAGAGGCAAGGAGUGUCAAUGCUGCUUCUUCGUCUGGCACACCGAGUAAGGCAGGGGAUGGUGUUGGCGAGGCGGGGGAGAGAGCAUUCUGUACUCGGAUGCGGCAGGUGAAACCAGUUGUCAGCGACAUGAGUGGGGGGAGUGAUGGCGGAAGUGAUGAGGAAGGUGACGAGGACGAGGAUGAUGACGAGGCUGAUGACGAUGCCGUUGACAUAAAGAUUGUUGACAAGGGGAGAGGCACUGUCGCACUGUUGGAAAGGUCUUUGCCAAUCAGCAAACAGAGUUUGGAGAUUGAACAUAACAGUGAGAGUGAAGCAGAUGAUGAUGAUGAUGAGGUGCUGGCAGCGGUGGGGGGAGAGGAGGAGAAGCACGCGAUGAGGGGAGAGAGCACACCAAAUGGCGUUGUUUCAAAUAGGGGACUGGGUUUGUUGCCUGCAUGCAGAAAUCCGACGUCAGCAAUUAGCAAUGGGAGCCAUAAGGUGGACAGCGGCAAGGAAGAGAAUAAGUGUGCUGUAGGUAGCAGUGAAGAGGAGAUACAAGGGCAGGUAAAAACUGAGAAGGUAAAAGAACCUGUGGACGUUGUGAAAGAUGAAAGGGUCGAAAAGUGGCGAUGGAUGCUGCAUCAGAUUGGCCUCGAUGUUUUAAGAACAGAUCGGUACUUACAGUUUUACGAGGACAAACGUAAUCUGGCACGGCUCUGGGACACCCUUGCAGUGUAUGCAUGGGUCGAUCCAGAGUGUGGGUACUGCCAAGGAAUGAGUGAUUUGAUGUCGCCCUUAGUUGUCCUGUUUAAAGAUGAGGCGGAUGCUUUCUGGUGUUUCGAGCGGUUGAUGAGACGGGUUCGUGAGAACUUCACGGGAAACAGUUCUUCCCUUGGGGCACAGAGGAAGCUAGAACAUAUUGCGGCUAUCCUGUCGGUUGUGGAUGCAGAGCUUCAUAAUCACCUCGCGUCGUUAGGGGCAGGAACCUAUACCUUUGCAGUGCGGGUGCUGAUGACCAUGUUUCGCAGAGAACUGAGUUUCGCCGACUCCCUCUACAUGUGGGAGAUCAUGUGGGCCAUGGAGUAUAACUUCAAGGUUUCGGAUGAGAUCGCCAGGACAGAGAUAUCAGUGCCGGGGCUUCCCGACAUCCCUGCCAGUUGCGGAAAAGGAGGGAAAGCCACCAACAGUGGACAAGGCCCCACGUUACGGCGAUCAGACACAGAGGUUCGGCGACAAGAGUUUCUUGUCCGGAGGAAAAAGAAGAACGUUCACAUUUGGCGUCAGUGGGGUCUUGGCGGGGAUUAUGAGGGGUUGGGUAAAUAUGAGAAGGCAAGAGUGAAAGCAGGGCAACCGUCAGGGAAGAGAAGUCGCGAUGGAGAUGACGACCUGUCCUUAUUUUGUGUCGCAGCAGUCCUGCACUCGAACCGGGAAAGGAUUUUGCGGCAUGUCCACGGAAUGGAUGAAAUUGUUGAAUUCUUCAAUGAAGUUUCCGGAAAGCUCGUUGUUCGAAGUGUGCUUAAGGAAGCAUUGAUUCUUUACAAAGACUAUAAGCGACAUCAACGCCACCAUCGUAAGUCCUCAAGGAGUGGCUUAAUACCCCCCCUCAAAAAGGAGUGAUGCAACGUGCCUCCCACAUCCGCCCUCUCUCCUCCCUCUCCCCUGCCGUCUUCCUCAAAGUCCUCACAAAGUUAUGCUAAAUAUAUAUCCACGUACUCGAUAGAUACGCUGAUGCACAUGAGUCUCAAGAAGGAUUUAUACAUUCAUACAAUACGUAUUUAUAUAUUCAUUUGUGCAUUAAUGCACACGCAUCAUCAAUGACUGUCUCCUCCGCACUAAUCUGAAGUGUACCUGCGUCCUGUGUGUUCUUUCGCCCUCCUAAUGUUUUACUCAGACCCUGCGCUAUUCUUUGUAGAGACCCGAGGCAUUACCGGGCACACGGUGAGACUUAGCCUUUCACCAGUUUAUCUUGCUGUUAGCCGAGCUUUCGCUGUUUCACAUUUUUCAUAUGCAGGGAUUGAGACAUUGUGGCAGUUGUGGGAGAGAGAUGUAUUGAGAGCGCAGUACAGCUCAGCCGUAGUGACGAGGGUGGUACGUGAGCAGAGAAAGAAUGGCCCUCCAAUUGCGCAGUGGAGAUUUGGCCUUGCAAUGUUGGUGACUCGUUUUAUAUCCCAUGUGAUCAUGUAUAGGUCUGAGCUUCUGAAGGGAGGAGCUCAGGAGUUAAAAAGCUUCGGAAUCUGCAUCGUUUGGCUUUCUGAAUCUUUUGAUCGCGUUGGUGGGCAGAGUCUGCCCACUUUUUUAGGAUCUGAAUUACAAGCCUGUAUGUGGUUGGUUUUCCCUCCCUCUUUUUUCUUUAGCCCCUCAGUUAAGUAGGUGGUCCUGUCUUAGGCCCCAGAUUACCCCAACCCGAAUGCGAACCCCAACCUCUUAAACAGCAGACUGCUCAAGGUCUCGUUCCUGGCGGUGUGGCAGCUACCCAUCAGUGCAGUUGCGUCACUUUCUGAGUGACAACUGCCGUCAGCGCUUUGGCUCUGCUGGUGCAAGGAUUGUAGGAGAAGCGUGAUGCAAAUGGCACUUCUCGCACCGUUCAAAUGAUUGACUGGUAGUGUUACCCAGUUCAGAUCCUGGGUGUGGGCGAUCUCUUCUCCUCGCUUGCAGAAAAGAGGGCAGCUGCCGCAAGUCUGCUAAAUGGUGCACCGAGAGCCAACUCAUAACCCAGAGUAGAAGAGAGAUGUGGAUUGGUGAUUGGCACACUGAGUUUGUUGUGAACGGGUGCAUCAGGUCCUCUGGCGGAAUGCGUUUUGUUGCGAAUGGUCAUGGAAGGUCCGUUGGGGAUGGAUGUUUUGUUGCAGUCGGUGCAGCAGGUCGUUUGGUAAAAUGUCCAGUGGCUCUGUUGUUAUUGCCGGCCGUUUGGAGUGGAUGGGACCAAAUCUGCUGGGCACGGUGAAUAGGGCACCCCACACAAGCAGACAGGUGAAGAGGGGAUUGAUGCCCUCAUUUGGCGCAGAGCUGCGGAGCAUGCUGACCAAUGCUGCUGCCCUCAAGGAGAUACAUGUCAAUGGCUAGAAAUCAUCACAGGCUUAGAGACAGAUGGGCCUGUGAGUUUGCAAUAGCUGAAUCAUCUGAGCCCUUCUUGCUUCGUGGUAGGACGAGAAUAAAGUGGAAGGAGGGAAGAGGAGAGGAAUGAAAAGGGGAAGGGAUUCAAAUUGGUAAAGUGCCAUGGAGUCUUGUGCAGUGAUAGCUGCGGACAUGACAUCAAUGUUGACAGAUGAAUCUGCCAUGGAGAGUGUCGUCAGCAGGCAGUGCAGUAGCAGAGGGGCAGUUAUGUUUGUUCCACUCUGUUCUUUGCACCGAAUCCAGCCAGAAGUGAAUCUCAGAGAUAGCCCCAUUGAAAUGAACCCCCACCUUUUGAAGUGCACAGGCUCUUCUCAAGUAUAGCUCAAACUUUUCACAAGCGCAGCUCAAACUUUGCACAGGCAUAGAGCAGACUUUGAACAAGUAUAUCUCAAACUGUGCAGAAGUAUAGUGCAAGCUACACACAAGUAUGGCUGAAGCUCUGCAGAGGUAUAAUCAAGCUGUAUGAGGACA